UUUUCAACAGUCGACACCGACAUCCGAGCACCCGGUGCCCCCCCCCCAAGAUGACCAAACUAUGGCACAUAGCGGUCGUAGCAACAGUCCUAUUGCAGGUUGGCAUCGUUACCAACAAACCGCUAGGGGACGAUAUUCAGGUGAACAGAACAAAGCGACAGGAAGAAAGUCAUGCUGACAAAAAGGGUGAUUACGACUACUCCGAUCAUCAAGAUUUAGGAUCGUUAUCAGAUAAUAGCUACAACAAUCUCGGAGGGUUUGGAGAUGAUCAUCACCCAGAACAUCAUGACCUUUCCGGAGAAGAUCAUCAUGGUGAUCAUGGCCAUGGGGUCGAUGAACAUGUCGAAGAAGAAACAGAACAUCACGACGCACACGAUCACACAAAUGGUUAUUGGAAAAAGAAAAUGAUUUGGAAGAAAGGCUGGAAAAAGAUCUGGAAACAGUCUAAAAAGCAAAUAUGGAUACCGAAGUGGAAAAAAUACUGGAAACCAAUAUGGGUACCAACCAAGAAACCAGCGUGGAAAGAAAUAAAAGUUCCCGAUUGGAAGAAAAUUUGGAAACCGGUAUGGAAAGAAAUAAAAGUACCAGCAUGGAAGGACAUUAAGGUUCCCGACUGGAAAAAAAUUUGGAAGCCAGUUUGGGUACCCACGAAAAUCCCAGCGUGGAAAGAAAUAAAAGUUCCUGCAUGGAAGAAAAUCUGGAAACCCGUAUGGGUGGAAAUAGACGUGCCUGCUUGGAAAGAAAUUCAAGUGCCGGCAUGGAAAAAGAAUUACAUACCGAUCUGGGUUAAAGAAAAGGUCCCGGGUCAUAAACAUCUCGGCGCAGAUGAAGAAGGUGCUGAAUAUAUAGCCAAAGACAUUUGGAAAAAGAAAUUGAUUUGGAAACCAAUUUGGAAGAAAUAUUGGAAACCUGCUAAAAAACAGGUGUGGGUUAAAGAUAAGAAAAUGGAAUGGAAAGAAGCGUGGAAACAGAUCUGGAAACCAGCAAAGAAACAAAUUUGGGUGGAAGACAAAAAACUCGUUUGGAAAGAAGCCUGGAAACAAAUAUGGAGAACGGAACAAAAACAAAUAUGGGUAGCUGACAAGAAACUAGAAUGGAAAGAAGCUUGGAAACAAAUAUGGAGAACGGAACAAAAGCAAAUAUGGGUGGAAGAUAAAAAACUCGAAUGGAAGGAAGCUUGGAAACAAAUAUGGGUACCAGGAUGGAAGGACAUAUGGGUUCCAGCCUGGAAACAAAUAUGGAGACCGGUCAUAAUAAAUGAAUGGUUCCCGUAUCCUGACCAUCACCCUCCUGAGCAUUCUGAAGAAGAACAGCAUCAUGGAUGGGAUCGAUCUGAUUCGAAGGAGGAAGCUUCGGAAAAGAAAGAAAUUUUUACCAAGUUUCCUGUAGGAAAUACAUCUCAAUCAAUUAACAAUGAUACCAAAGUAUCUGCGUCAGAAACAGAAUCAACCACAAUUCAAUUUCCUAGUAGUAAUCAAUCAAAAUUAAGACGAAAAUAGUUUCCUACAAAGUAAUUACGCGAGGAAAAUUAUGACGCUUGUUUAAAUUUAUGAUUUUUUCCUCUCGUAUUUACAUAUCGCUCAAUUGCUACUGCGUUAUGUGUAGUUUACUUUUCAUGUACCUAAUUUAAAAUAAGUAAGAGUCUUUAAUUAUUAUAUUAAUUGACUGAUUUUGUAAGUAAUACAACGAGUGUGAUGUGUGUGCCGAAUGAUAGCUGUUAGUUACCAAAAAAUUCCUGUAAAAGUAUUGUUGAUUAGUCUGUAGA